AUGACCGAUAUCUUCGGAUUGAGUGAUUACUCCGAUGAGUCUCCGCCUCACGCAAGUCCAUUCAACGAAAGGACGCGUGGAGAUGGUGGUGAUGCACCUAUACAUCACUACGAGCGAAGCAACUCAAGGGAUCGGGGUAACACUGGUGCAAGUGCUCAUGCUGGCACCAAUCAAGAGGCAAGGGACCGAAAUGUCCUGCUACACGCUUCUCAAGUAGAGUCUCCGUGGAUGCCGUCCUCCAGAGAAUUGGACCAGUUGGCCGGCAUGACUACCGAUCGAGAUCGAAUCCCGUUGUUCGACUGUAGGACGAUCUUUCCUCCUAAUUCCACCUCGAACACUAUCCGUGCUGAGGAAGAGUUCUUCACCGAUGCGUUCUUCAAACAUCGGUGGCACAGUGGCAGCCGUGUUCGAGACGGCAAAGCCUUGGUGCAAGGAUAG